AUGGCAAACGACAGCUCCUCGCCGCCCUCAACCAGGAUAUCCUCCUUUCCUGCGACCUCGAGAACCCCCCCGUUCCUACCAACAUUUCUCGAAAGAAUAGUCUUGGGAUUCUUCCCGGUACUUCUCGUGUUUGGCGCUCUAUUCUCCGUCCUGUCUCCCCAGACCCGCGACGCUCCCUACGACCCGAUAUCCCAGUCGCACAGCCAAGACCCGGCAGUCUCCCCCAGCUACUUUGCCCGCAAGUCGAACCUGUUCAACGUCAUCUUCGUGAAGCGAGGCUGGGCCUGGACGACGGUGGCCUUUGCCGCCUUCCUGCUCACCCACCCGUCUACCUCCUCGCCAACCCGUAGGCUACGCGGGGCCGCCCGCUGGGGUGCAGUAACGCUCUGCUGGUUCUUUGUUACCCAGUGGUUCUUUGGAGCACCCAUCAUCGACCGUGGUUUCCGGUGGACGGGGGGCAAGUGCGAUGUCGCGGAGUUGGAUGUGGCUCUUGGGGACUCAGGCAUCGCAGAGGUCGUAACCGCCGUCGCAUGUAAGGCUGCUGGCGGCAAAUGGAGGGGCGGCCAUGACAUCUCGGGUCACGUAUUUAUGCUGGUGUUGAGCUCUGUGUUCCUGUUGGAGGAGGUUGGAUGGUCGCUCCUGCGAUGGAAGAACUGGACGCCGGAUGAGAGGACUGUGGUCAUGCCAGACGGGGCAGUCAAGGGUGCUGGUGUCGAAGCAGAGAUUGCGGCGGGCGACAACAAGGGAUCUGGCGAGCUCGGGUUUGGCAUCGGGGGCAAGUUUCUCAUGGCCGUUGUCGGGCUCAAUGUCUGGAUGCUGUUAAUGACAGCUAUUUACUUCCACACCUGGUUUGAGAAGUUUACGGGACUCCUCACAGCCUUCAUUGGGUGGUAUAUUGUCUACAUUGUUCCUCGGGUUAUACCCGCUGUGCGAGGAUUGAUUGGUCUUCCUGGGAUAUAG